AAAAAGCAAACUCAAAUAUAAAAAAUUGUGUCUUCACUCUGCCAACAUCGUAUUAUAAUGUAGAUACAUUGACAUUAAGGAGUAAACCCGCGGAUGGAAACGUUCUCAGCUGAUUGUCCUCCUGUUUUACAGACAUUGUGAUACAAUGGGUAUUCUCUACUGUUCUGCAUUAUAUUUCCACAUGUUAUGGAGGAUUUAAACCAAACAUUUGCAAGAAAUUUCAUCCUAAUUGGCCUCUCACCCCUCUCCCACUUGCAAGCCACAUAUUUUAUUAUAUUCUUGCUGAUGUACAUAGUCACACUAGCAGGUAACAUUCUUAUCAUUGUCGUGGUGAGAUCGGACGUUCGACUACAGACGCCCAUGUACUUCUUCCUCAGUAACCUCUCAUUUAUUGAUCUCUGUUUCUCAACCACCAUAGUGCCAAAACUGUUACUAAACACCAUAACUGAGGACAAAAGCAUUUCAUUCUUGGGGUGUGCAGCACAGAUGUACUUCCACUUGGCCUUAGGGGGUACAGAAUGUAUAAUAUUGGCAAUUAUGGCCUAUGAUAGAUACCUAGCCAUUUGCAAUCCCUUGCGUUAUAACUCUAUCAUGAACAAGACAAUCUGUAUUCAGCUGGCUGUUGGGACCUGGUUUGCAAACUUUCUAAACUCAGUCUCCCACGCCUUUUUCACUUUCCAGCUACCUUACUGUAAGUCCAACCAUGUCAACCACUAUUUCUGUGAGAUGCCACCUCUUUUCCGUCUCUCUUGUAGAGACACUUUAAUGAAUGAAAUAGCAGUUUAUGUGUCGGGUGGACUAGUUGGGUUAUGCUCCUUCUUGUUGACACUAUUGUCCUAUAUCCAAAUUAUCUCCACCAUCUUAAAAAUACGCUCAACCGAAGGGAGACACAAAGCUUUUUCCACCUGUGCAUCUCAUCUCGCUGUGGUCUCUCUCUACUAUGGGGCCAUUGUCUUCAUGUAUCUUCGACCUCGAUACAGUUACUCUCCUGAGAAGGACAGAGCUGUCUCCAUACUGUACACGGUGGUGACUCCAAUGUUAAAUCCCAUCAUCUAUAGCAUUAGAAAUAAAGAGGUCAAAGGUACUUUGAAAAAUUUAGGCAAAUCAAGAGUAGAUAAUAAUUAA